AUGGCGUCAGAACAGGAUACCCUAGGGCCGAUGAUGAACGCCGUCAACUGGACCUUGGUAGGGUUGGCGGGAACGUUCCUUAGUCUACGAAUGUACUGCAAGUUUAGUCGACAUCGAGGUUUAUGGUGGGACGAUCACAUCUUAAUAUUCUCCUUCAUAUGCCUUAUCAUAGCCGUUGGUUUCAUCACGAGCUCGAUAUCAUUGGGAUUCACGAGCCCGACGGGGCCUAAGUCACCAGAAGCUGCGACUCGGCUCCAGAUUCAUGGCGGCGUACAAAAUGUCUUCUUCGGAUUAGCGACAGUCUUGAGUAAAACGUCAUUCGGUGUUACGCUACUACGAGUUACGGAUGGUGUGCUGAAGAAGAUCGUCUUAUUCCUGACUGUUACGAUGAACAUAGCCGUAUUUCUUUACAUCAUCUUCACCUUCUUCAAAUGCGAGCCGGCUAUAUAUUCGUGGAUUAAAGGACCUGGUUGCUGGAGCACUGCGAAAUACAUUCAUUACGGUAUCUUCGCUGGAGCAUACUCUGCGUUUGUGGACUUUUCAUUCGCUACAAUUCCUUGGUUCCUGAUUAUGAACCUUCAAAUGAGGAGAAGAGAAAAGCUUGGCGUCGCGAUCGCUAUGAGCUGUGGUGUAAUUGCUGGUUUGACGGCUAUUAUGAGGUGUAUUUACUUACCCCUACUCACUCUAGGGACAUUUUCAACCCAAGGAACAACAUUGGUUAUUUGGUAUGUGGCCGAAUCAGCGACCACCAUCAUUGCGGCAUCGAUCCCAGUUCUACGUGCUUUGAUCAAGGAGAUUUCAUCAUCAGUCGACCGAUAUACUCGUAGCACUGGAAAGUCGGGUGUGAAGAGUCAGUCGAAAGCUACCCCGAGGGGCUUACACGCUAGCAACGUCGUAACAACAGUCGUCGGUUCUCGACGAGAUCCUAAUGAUCCCCAUGCCGAUGCGAGCAGCGAUAAGAGCAUUCUCGACGCGGGCCGAGCGCCCGCAAAAACCUCACCAGGACGAAUUGUACAGACACAGGAGGUUCGAUUGAGUUAUCAUGACCGAAGCGACAAUGAUAGUGAGCAGGGAUAUGAGAUGGACUACAUGGGAAGAAAAUCGGCUUGA